ACCGAAACGAAAAAAAUCACUGGUCUUCAGUACACCUAGCUGGUACGGGGACACACGACUACAACAACAUGAGCUGGUAGCAUCGUACCGUACGUUGCGGUACUCGUUUUACUCGUAGCAUCGUACGUUGCGAUACUCGCGUGUGUGUUCGCAAAAUUCACGGUGUGAACGGUGCCGGGACGCCCCGCGCCGGCCGAACCCCCGCGGAGAAUCGUGGUUGCGUUGUCGCGCGAGCGGGGCGAUCGAUGGAUCGUCACCCAUCGUUGGGCACGCCACGACGCCUUCGACAAAGGCAAGGCAAGGCAAGGCAAGGCAAGGCAAGGCACGUCGCGUCACGGCACGACACGGCGGUUCCGGGCCGCGAACGAGCCACGGCACCGGCGUUUCGGGGACCCUCCCCCCCGUGCGGUACCGGCGAUCGCUUCCGGUCCCGAGACGCCGUCCCCCACGGGUCCUGCCGCGGAGGUUCGGAACCAGCGCCCGCCAGCGCUGCCGCUCCGAAGGCAACGCCGUGCCGUGGUGUGCCAGGCAAUUGCAAUGCACCUCCGCUGCCCCGGAGCUCCCGGGGCCGAGCGACGCGCCGCCCCACACGCCCGGCGUCCCGCUUUCGAAACGGGACUCCGUUUAGGGGGAAUUCCGGUUCUGCUGCCGUUGAACCUGUCUCUGUCCUCCGCAAUCCGUCAACGCUUGCGGGAACAAAAUUCCGGCGCGAAACGACGGCAGACUGGUGCAUCCGUCGUUGCGGCUUUGUUGGGUCGGUUCGACUCCAGCACUCUUUCUCUCUCUCUCUCCGCGAACGGCACCUUGCCUCCAGUGGCGUCGCAGCAGAUUCGAUCCGGUACCGCAGUGCCCACCACGACACACACACAUGCCUUCAAAACAGUCUCUGUCUGUCUCUCUCUCGCUCUCGCUCACUCACUCACCGGGCUUCUCGAGAACUAGCCGUGUCGGUCUUUCCAAUCACUGCCUGUGCUGCUGCUUUCAGAAUGCGGAAACAGGAACUGACAAGCCUCGAGGGCCAGGACCCCGACGAAAACAAAAGCAACGACGACGAGGGAUCGUACGUUGCGAGCGACAACAUUUCGUUCGAAGAUCCCACCCCGCAAGCGGAAGAAAGGACCCUGUCGUGGAGAAACGACCCGGCCUAUAAGUAAGCACGACAACGAGUCGUUCCGAAAGACCGGGCGGAAAUUCUUUGCUCGUUCCAGUAUUUCGGCUCCGAAGGGCUAUCCUCACCGAGUUUUGGUUUGUUUUGUUUGUGCAUUCGGUUCCAUUCGACUCGUGGCGCGCAGCUUUAGCGACUGGAAACUGCGGGUGGUUGUUCGGAAGAACCGGGCGGGGGAUUCCGCCGCCGAUUCUUCGCUGCCGGCCCACGAAACCACCUACAACGUGCACCGCAACAUUCUCGCCGUUGGCGAGCGGAGGAGCCAGUACUUUGCCAACCUCCUGCACUACGGGAUCGACGACGGCGGCGGCUCCUCGGUCGUGGAGCUCGCCCCCCGGGCGGCGGCCUGCUUUCCGGACCUCCUGGACUUUGUCUACUCCUCGGAGGCCUUUUGCGUCACGACGAGAAACGCGAUCGCCCUGCUCUUUCUGGCCCGGGCCUUCCAGGUCCCCUCCCUCGAGGCGCGGGCGGAGGCCUUUGUCGAAAAGGACCUCCGGCUCGUCACCUUUGGGUGCUACCUGGCCGACGCGCUCUAUUUCAGCGAGGAGGCCGUGGCGCUCCGGGCGAUGGACGCCUGCGAGAGGGAGGUCCUGUCCCUCCUGAACGGGAGGGGCGGGGCGGAGAGGGCAAAAAGGCCCCGAGGCCUCUGCAAGCUCCUGGGGGUCCCGCUGCUGGCCUCGGUCCUCGAGGCGGAACACCGGGCGAGAACCGUGUGGUCGGUGCUGACGGAGGAACGCCCCGGCCUGGGAGCGAAGCAGGCCCUGCUCGGGGUCUUGUUCCGCCGGAAGGAGCCGGAGGGGGGCGACUCGUAGCGGAUGCGUGUCGGGUUGCGCGGGUUGUCACAGCGGUGGCAACGGGGGGGAAGGCCGCGGCGCCCGGGGCAAUCCAAUGGGAUCCAUUUGCGUCCAACGGCAAACGCGGCCAAGGGAAGGUUUGUGUUUUUGCGCAUGCUGCCUACGAUUGUGGUGCGAUUUGGUUCCUGCCGGGAGAAAAAGACGCAACGAUGAUCCAACCGGCAACGAUUAUCUAAACAGGCAGGUGAAACGAAUGGUGAGAUUGUCGGAAAUCGUGCUCCGGUCGAAAAGCCCGGAAUCCUGUCCUUGGUUUCUCACCAAGAUACCGUGACGGCGUCACCCAUGAUUACAGUAUU